UCUUUGGAAGCCACAAUUAAGCAGCACCGCUGGGAUAAAACGCUCGGGCUGCCAGCGGACUAGGGCAUUGCAUCGAGAGAUGGCCAGGCUGCGGACUUCGUUCCUCCUCCCUGGAGUCCUCGUUCUCCUGCUUUCCAGCCUCCCGGUUUCGUGGCAAGGAGGGGUUCCAGGUGCUGGAGCAGGAGUUCCAGGAGUAGGGUAUUACCCAGGAGCAGGUGGCAUCGGAGGCCUAGGGGGACUCGGCGGGACAGGAACUGGCAUUGGAGGCGGUCUUGGAGGAGUAGGUGGCCUAUAUCCAGGAGGUGUCUAUCCUGCUGGAUCUGCAGCUGCAGCCUAUAAAGCCGCCGCUAAAGCUGGACUUGGUGGUCUACUUGGUGGCGGUGGAGGUGGAUUACCUGGAGGUGGCAUAGGCAGACUACCUGGAGGUGGAGUAGGUGGACUACCUGGAGGUGGACUAGGUGGACUACCUGGAGGCGGCAUAGGUGGACUACCUGGAGGUGGAAUAGGCGGUCUACCUGGAGGCGGCAUAGGUGGACUACCUGGAGGUGGUGUGGGUGGAUUACCUGGUGCUGGUACUGGAGCCAAACCUGGGAAAAUCCCUGGUGUUGGAAUUCCAGGAGUCUUCCCUGGAGGUGUACUUCCUGGCACAGGAAUCCGCUAUCCUGGUGUAGGAGUCUUGCCAGGAGUGCCAACUGGAACAGGUGUCAAACAGAAAGUCCCAGGAGCUGGAGCAGGAGCCUUUGCUGGAAUCCCUGGACUUGGAGGAAUUGGAGGUGGACAGCAACCAGGCCUACCUCUGGGUUAUCCCAUCAAGGCACCAAAACUCCCAGGUAGUUACUAUGGUGCUGGCAAGCUGACUUUCGGUGGGGCAGCUGGUGCAUAUGCUGGAGGACUUGGAGGGAAACCUGGCUAUCCAACGGGUACAGGUGUAGGAGCUCAGGCUGCUGCUGCUAAGGCAGCCGCAAAAUAUGGUGCUGGACUUCUGCCUGGAGCAGGCACCAUCCCUGGAGUUGGGACCCUUGGUGGAGGAGGGUUGUUGCCUGGUGCUGGUGGUGUUCCAGGAGGAAUAGGUGCCGGUGGACCAGCGGUAGCAGCAGGCAUAGCUGCCAAAGUAGCUGCUAAAGCAGCAGCUUAUGGUGGCAGACCUGUCCCUGGAGCUGGAGUGGGUGGUAUCGGCGUUGGUCUUCCAGGAGUCCCUGGAACUGGAGUGGGUGGUAUCGGCGGUCUUCCAGGAGUUCCUGGAAUUGGAGUUGGUGGUCUUCCUGGUAUUGGUGGACUUCCAGGACUUGCACCUGGAGUUGGAGUAGGCCCAGGAGGAGUUGGUGUGGGAGGAGUGAGUCCAGCAUUAGCAGCAGCUGCUGCCGCUAAAGCAGCAAAAUACGGACGGGUUCCAGGUGGCGUUGGCCCUGGUGGCGUCAUCCCUGGUGGCGUUGGCCCUGGUGGCAUCAUCCCUGGCGGCGUUGGCCCUGGUGGUGUCAUCCCUGGUGGCGUCAUCCCUGGUGGUGUUGGCCCUGGUGGUGUCAUCCCUGGUGGUGUUGGCCCUGGUGGUGUCGGCCCUGGUGGCGUUGGCCCUGGUGGCGUCAUCACUGGUGGCACUGGCAUCCCAGGAGUUGGAGCAGCAGCGGCAGCGGCAGCAGCUAAGGCAGCAGCAAAAGCAGCAGCAUAUGGAACUGGAGUUGUCCCUGGCGGAGUUAGACCUGGUGGAGUCGUGCCUGGUGGGGUCGUGCCUGGUGGGGUCGUGCCUGGCGGAGUUGUACCUGGCGGAGUUGUGCCUGGUGGGCUCGUGCCUGGCGGAGUUGUGCCUGGUGGCGUUGUGCCCGGCGGAGUUGUGCCCGGCGGAGUUGUACCUGGUGGACUGGGACCUGGUGGAGUGGGACCUGGUGGAGUGGGACUAGUUCCGGGAAGUUCUGCAGCUGCUCUAAAAGCAGCUGCCAAAGCAGCAAAAUAUGCAGGAGCUGGUGGAGCAAGAGGACUUGUGCCUGGAAGAGGGGUUGGCGGCCUAGUUCCUGGUGCUGGUGGUGUUGGAGGCCUGGUUCCUGGUGCUGGUGGUGUUGGAGGCCUGGUUCCUGGUGCUGGUGGUGUUGGAGGCCUGGUUCCUGGUGCUGGUGGUUUUGGAGGUCUGGUUCCUGGUGCUGGUGGUGUUGGCGGCCUGGUUCCUGGUGCUGGUGGUGUUGGAGGCCUGGUUCCUGGUGCUGGUGGUGGACUUGUGCCUGGCAUUGGAGGAAUCCCAGGAGCUGGAACUGCUGCAGCAGCGAAAGCAGCCGCCAAAGCAGCCAAAUAUGGUUUCGUGCCAGGAGGUGGCGUCCUUCCUGGAGGUGGCGUCCUUCCUGGAGGUGGUGUCCUUCCUGGAGGUGGCGUCCUUCCUGGAGGUGGCGUUAUACCUGGAGGUGGUGUCCUUCCUGGAGGUGGCGUUAUACCUGGAGGUGGCGUCCUUCCUGGAGGUGGUGUCAUACCUGGAGGUGGCGUCAUACCUGGGGGCAGACUUCCUGGUGCAGGCAUUCCCAUAAUUGGAGGACAAACAGGAGUCAAACCACCUAAAUACGGUAUCCCAGGUACUGGAUUGGGUGGAACUGGCGUGGCAGGCAUUGGAGGAGGAUUCGGAGUCCCCGGACUGGGAGGAACCGGUUAUGGAGGUGGUGCCGGAACCGGAGCAACUGGCCCUGGCUUUGGAUUAUCUCCUAUUUACCCAGGUGGAGUUGUACCUGGUUAUGGAGGUAAACCUCCCAAGCCCUAUGGAGUCCUGGGGGCACUUGGCUACAAAAGAGGAGUCGGCCGGAAGAGGAAGUAGCCCAGACAGCCUACCAUUCACCUCAUGAACUUUGGUGCUACUGCCUGGUCUCGAAUGUACCCCCCCACCCCCGAGAAAAGCAGAGAUUCCACCACCGCUGCUGCCAACACAGCCCCAUGCCUUGCCACCCCCGGCUGGCCCCCCCUCCCUCUCACUGGUGCUACAACCAUCCCACAGGGAGCGUCCCUGCCUUCAGCUCCCUGGGGCCCUUUGGUGCUGCAGCCUAGGAGGGCUGCUUUCAGAGGGGGCAGCCUGAGCACUUUAACCCACUCCUGAGCCCCGCGCCCACAAGUGGGGGGACAGGAGCCGUCGGCCAGCUGGCCUGCUUCUUUCCUGGUCUAUCUCUGCUGGCUCCUCUUUGGAUCUAAGUGUGUGGGGGGGACGCCCCUAGUUUUGCCAUGAGCCCCUUGCCAGGCCAUUCUUCCCUUCCCCCUGAACACACUGCCUCCGUUUGGAGGGGAGCAGCUCAGGCCAAGCUGUCAGUGCCAAUGGGAUUAGCCUUAAUCCUGGAGCUUCUGCUGGCUGCCAGGCCUGGGUGGAUUAGCACGGCCAGGCCACAGGAUCCAUACCAUACCUAACGUGGGCGCCAGCAUGACAUCGUCCAGCUCCCAAUGAACGGGCUGGCCAGGGACCCCUGUACAUGACCAGCCAACCUGCUCCACAUCUUCAUGUUUAAUCACUUUGAUGUAACUGGGAUGGGACACUUUUUAUAAAGAAGAACAGUAACUGCUUUCCAAAAAAUAAAAUAAAUAAAACCUGACUAAUAAAUAAUGUUUUAAAGGUAA